AUGGGCCGCUCCAGGGAAUACAAGGAUGCCAGUGUCUCGACUGAAGAUCAUCGCGCGCAUGAGAUGCGCGGAUAUAAGGCGGCGCUGAGGAAUCCCCGAACGUCCGAGGAGGCCAAAACACAUGCUGCAGGCGUGUUGAGCCACGACUUUGGAUGGGAGGCAUCACAGCACCAGCCCAGUGAAGAACACGACAAUCCCAAAGGCAAGGACCCCAUUCGAGUCGCCGGCGCCCUGAAGGCGGCCCGAAGCAACCCUCGUGUGACCGAUCAAGGCAGGCAGCACGCUGUCGAAAAGCUCGAGCAGAUGAGCCAACAGGGUCCGGAGGAGUGA